AUGGGUUCAGUGGGUUCUGGGGUGGGUCUGGUGGCUCCUCGGGUGGGCUGGGUGGGUUCAGUGGGUCUUGGGAUGGGUAUGGUCGCUCCUGGGGUGGGCUUGGUGGGUUCUGGGGUGGGCUUGGUGCGUUCUGGGGUGGGCUUGGGUGUGGAGGGCCUGGAGGAGCUCACCAUCAGGAGAUGUAAGCUGGACAGUCUGGUGCCCGGGUCGCUGGACGGCCUGAGUCGUCUACAGAGGCUGGAAGUGACGACCCACAACGGGGAGUGGGCUGCGUUGGCGAUGGAGGUGGUGGAGGGGUCGUUGCCGCUGCCCCUGGAGCGAGUCUCCCUCGCCCACAACAACAUCUGGACACUGCCACCCAGGGCCUUGUGUGGUCCCGCCGCCCUCCACCACCUCAACCUCUCCCAUAACCGCCUUCAGGACGUGCUGGAGCUGGGGUUCUCAGACCAGGUGAUGCUGGACGCCCAGGCUCUCAACAUGUCUAAUACGAGUUUCAGUGAUCAGUUUUCAGGGUUUCUUAAUGUCAACGAGGAAGUGACUGGAGAUGACGGGUGCGGCCACGCCCUCCAGGAACUGAUCCUGGACCACAAUGAUCUUGUGCGGCUUCCUCCACGCAGUUUCCGCGCCCUGGGCGGGCUCAGGGAGCUUUAUAUUCGUAAUAAUGAUGUCCGACUCAUAGCCAGUGAAGCCUUUAGAGGAAUGGCAGCCUUACAAGUGCUCUAUUUAUCUAAUAAUCAUAUUAUCGCGCUACAGAACGGGACUUUCUUUGAGAACGUAGCCUUAGAGAGGAUUUACCUCAACAAUAACUCACUCAGUGCACUCAAUUCGGGUGUGCUCCAGGGCCUGCAAGGGCUACAGGUGGUGGACCUCUCACAUAAUAAACUCAACUUGGACACCAGCCACGAGGACCUAUUCAAGGGUCUGCGUCGGCUGGUCAUCCUUGACCUGUCUCACAACGCUCUCUCCACCAUCACCCAACUCCUCCUCCGUGAUCUGACCUCCCUACAGCGUCUCGACCUCUCUCACAACAGCAUCGAGAGCCUCGAGGAUGAUAGCUUUACCUCCCUCUCGAACCUCUACGCCCUCGACCUCUCCCACAACCUGAUCCUCAGCCUGAAAGAAGGUGGUUUGAGAGGACUGGUGGGGAUGAGUCUCCUCCACUUGACCAACAAUUCUCUCAUAGAAAUCCACCCUCACGCCCUUCACCACAGCUCCAACCUGAAGGAGGUGUUCCUUGGAAACAACCACUUGCAGGCGAUUCCCACCGCUUUAGAAAACCUUUCCUUCUUAAAGGCUUUAGAUGUGAGUAGGAACGACAUCGUUAGCAUCCAGCCAUUCCUUUUUGGCGGCUUGGGCAACCUGGAGACUCUUAAUGUGAGCUACAAUAAGAUGAAUGGCAUCUCUCAGGGAUCAUUUGCUGGACUUGUUUCUCUGGAGACUUUAGACAUGAGGGAUAAUCAGUUAAGGGCAGUGAGUGAAGGAUCCUUCGACGGGGUCCCCAGUGUGCGCCACCUCACGCUGGCCAGGAACGAGUUGACCGACAUCAAUGGUGUGUUCGCCGGCCUGGAGCACCUAGAGAGUCUAGACUUGUCUUACAACAACAUCCGUAUGUUUGACUACGCCUUCAUCCCCAGGCAGCUUAUUAAGCUGGAUUUAAAGAAUAACAAAAUUGAACAGCUUGGUAACUUCUUCAAGGUUCAGAGCGUCUUGACGUUAGAAAUUCUCGACGCCAGUUAUAAUGGCAUCACGAGACUGACAGAAGUCUCACUCCCCAACACUAUCAGGAAAGUUAUUUUGCACAAUAAUAACAUAAGUCGCGUUCUGCCAAACACAUUCCGGGAUAAAUUAAAUUUACAAGACAUUGACUUCCGGUUGAACGCCAUACAGAGACUUAACCCCAAGUCUAUUAGUGUUCGAGGCACCAUCGGUAACCACAUCAACGCGCGGGUGUCCUUGGCUGGCAACCCGUUUGUGUGUGACUGUGAGAUGGAAUGGCUAUACGGGUCGUCAGGGACUACCAUUACUACCCCAGAAGCAACCGAGGUCAUUUAUCUUCAGCCUCGAGUCGAAGAUCUUGCUCAGGUAACUUGUACUCUCACACAUUCUCGAGGAGGAACGUCCAUCUCGAUUCGUAUCUUGGACACGUCCCCGGAGAACUACCUCUGCCCUUAUGCUACCCACUGCUUCGCCCUCUGCCACUGUUGUGACUUCAUAGCCUGUGACUGUCAAAUGAAGUGUCCUGACGCUUGUUCUUGCUUCCACGAUGACACUUGGUCCAUGAACCUGGUGGACUGUUCAGGGGGACAACUGGACCGCCUCCCAGACCGUGUACCGAUGGAUGCGACGGUGGUGCUCCUGGACGGCAACAACCUUCAGGUACUUCACGCCCACCACUUCAUCGGUCGUCACAGCAUCCAGCAACUCUUCCUCAAUAGUUCCCAGAUUCAGACACUUCAGAACCGUACCUUCCACGGCCUCACGUCCCUGCGCACACUACACCUGCAGGAUAACAUGAUCGUACAGUUAAAUGGUUUUGAGUUCUUUGGUCUUCAUCGUCUCAAAGAACUUUACCUCCAAAAUAACCGCCUCUCUUUUGUCAACAACGCCACCUUCCUGAGCCUGAAGAGCUUAGAGGUGUUGAGACUAGAUAACAACUUUAUCAUAGACUUCCCUGUUUGGCUCCUGAGUAACAACCGCUAUUUAACCAGCGUCUCUCUGGCCAACAACCCCUGGGACUGUGACUGUCAGUUUGUUGAGUCUCUGAGGGAGUGGGAGACCCUGCAGCCGUACCUCCUGCUGGACCCCGAGGAAGUCUUCUGCGUGCACAGUGAGUCGGGCGUGGUGGGUCCCAGUAUAGUGUUGCCAGAGUUCUCCUGCACCAAGGGGCAAGAGAGAGUCACACAGUACCAGUUUGGUCAGAGGCAGUUACCCUUCCUGGCGGGGGGUCUGUGUGGGGGUGUGGCCCUCAUCAGUGCGUUGGUGGUGGUGGCCAUGCUGGUGGCCCGAAGGAGGGCUGCUGCCGCCAACAAGCUGGCCAUGAGUAGCCCCCCGCUUUACUGCCAGGAGGAGGACGGGAAGGUUUUUGACGCUUACAUCAGCUACAGUGCCAGUGAUGCCAGCUACGUGCGUGACGUCAUAGCGACUAAGCUGGAGAACAGCUGCCCCAGCUAUAAACUCUGCCUUCACUCCAGGGACUUCAGCGAGAACAGUCGUCUCUCAGAGUUCAUCACACAGUCGCUCAACUUCAGCAGAAGAACCAUCGUCGUGCUCUCCAAGAACUACGUCGACAACGAGUGGAAAAAUGCCAUAUUCAAGAAAGCUCACGUCGAUGGGUUGAAGGAGAAUGACAUGAACAUUAUUGCCAUAUAUUAUGACAAUGUUUCCUAUUCCUCUUUUGAUGCCGAGUUAAAGGCAGUGAUAAGAAAAUGUUCAAAGCUGCGGUGGGGCGACAAGAACUUCUGGAAGAAGUUAGCGGAAAUGAUGCCUCAGAGGCAGACCUACACUGGCCUGCCAGUGUACGUGUCCGACAACUCGUACAAGUCCUCGACGCUGCCGUCCCUGGUGCCCCCGUCGUCUCUACCACUCCCAUCCUCCUCCUCCGUCCUCACAUCCACCACUGGCCUCACCACGCCCUCGGAGAUCGACCGUAGGGCUUCAUACUUGCCGGAGGCCCCGGCGACGUAUAAGGCGCCGCCACCACCUCGGCCGUGUUACUCCCCUCCUUCGUGUGAUUACAUCGUGAUGCAGGGACGAGAUUGUCAAGACCCACAGUGCACCUGCCGCCAUCACUCACACGCCGCCUACACUUACGUCGACGGCGAUAACUCGUCGCUUCAUACAUACACUUCCCUCGAGCCUUUCACCGGCUCCAGCCCUCACCACCCCCCCACCUACUUUUCCCGACCUCACUCUCCCAAGAGUAACAAUUACAGCGUCAUUGACGCCCCCAUCAGGAGGACUGUCAAGGCCAGCAAACGGAAGAAGAAGCGACCAAUGAGCCAGACAUGUCCACCUACCACUAGUGAGGAGGUGGUGGACGAGCACGGUGACCCUCAGGACCCCGCCAGUACCCAGCCUUCCAUCGGCACCUUCCGCCGCACCAAGAGUCUCCGGGUGACACACGGCGCCGCCGCCGGGGAGAGGCAGAGCGACUACUCCACUGAUCACUCCAGUGACCGCUCCAGUGGCAGGUCCUAUGACCACUCAGUCACCUCUGCUGGUGGAGGCGCAGGUGGAGGGCUGGAACCCACAAACAACACCCUGUACAUGGGUCUGACAGACUCCCCGCCAGACCCCGGCCUCAACACCGAGGAGUGUUUCGUCUAGUCCAUAUGUGGAGUACAGUAUAUUGUUUGUUGCUGUGAAGUGAAGGCAGUGAUAGAUGUUCCCGGAUAAUGUAUUGGUAGGAUGUGAUAGAUCGUGGUAGUGUUGUAACCCAUGUUUACUACCUGCGUCAGGAGGUCACCUGGACGUACGUGGCUCCUGUGUCGUGCAGGAGCCUCCCCUGGCGAGAGCCUCAACACCUUACAGGGAGUGAGACGUUAGAGGCUCGUCUCGCAGACAUUAUCACAGAGUACUAACCGUCCCGUUCAUUGUAAGUCACCAGUGAUUGCAUAACAUUGUAUUUCAUAAUCUCAGAUUUUUGUUUUAUAUAUCUUGGGAGAUGUGUUUCAGUAUUACACGAGGAAGUGAGUGUCUCAGAAGCUGUCAUAACUUUGUUGAAAUACACACCCGGCGCGGGGUCUGCCACCGCCGCCGCCACACUCACUCACCAGCUGCCACCGGCGGCUAAACUAACUGCAACAUUGUCCCAAGUUGCUCACUAACAACACGUAUUCACUAGACAUGUUGAAGCUACAGACGACACCAACAGGAAGAAAAAACCCGCAGCUCGUAGUUCAGUGUCACGGUACAGGGAGACGAUGCCUAUGUCAACACCCUCCCUUCCUCCCUCUCUCCCUGUCGUCCUUCUUCUCUUAGUGUGACUGUCUCUAGUCGUCUCAGUCAGUCAGUUCAGACAGUCACCUCAGCCGAUCAUCUCAGCUAGUCAACCUAACCAUCACCUGUACCCACCUGUAUUUUGAUUACUAAAUUGAACCCAUUUGUAUUCACCUGUAUUAUACUGUAAUAUACCUGGCCCUUCUGUAAGCCUGUGACCUGUACGUAUCUUUAUCAAACUAUACCUCUCUCUCUCUCUCUCUCUCUCUCUCUCUCUCUCUCUCUCUCUCUCUCUCUCUCUCACGCUUUUUCCCCACUAGUUAUUUAUACAGGGAGGGUGUGAGGUGGUGGUGUAUGAGGGAGAGAGUUAUACAUUCUUCACACUCUCCCUCUCUCUCCCUCACCUCCAACUGAAUAAUUUUACACUUGUUGAUUCUUCAGACCAGGCACAAGGUCCAUACGUCUGUCUGUCUGUCUGUCUGUGAAUUUUUUUUUCUGUUUUUCCUUAGGGUAGAAAUGUUAUGUAAUUUUGACCAUUCCUGUAUUUUGAGUACAAGAUGUUAUGUAGUUUUUGGCUUUUUUAUGAGUACAGAUGUUAUGUAAUUUUGUAUUUUUGCUGUAAUUAUCCCGAUAGAUCUGUUAUUAAAUUAUGCCUCUUCUCCUUUCCUCUUCUCUUCCUUUGCCUCUUCUCCUUUUUUAUCUUUCUUCUUUCGACUUGGUGAGUGUAUGUAUGUAUGUCCGGCACAACACGCACACGAGGUUAAAAUAUAAAGACAGACAUAAACACGUGUACUGUGCGUAUUAACAUGUGGGAUACUGACACACACACACACACACACACACACACACACACACACACACACAGAUCACUGCCAAUUAAGUUUUAAAAAUCACUUUUAGUUUUGCCGGCAAUUAUAUCCUUAUUUAAUGCAACAUACAUACAUACAUAUAUCCAUACAUACAUACAUACAUACAUACAUACAUACAUACAUACAUACAUACAUAAAACAAAACAACACACACAACAAAACACACCCAAACAGAACACAACACACCCAAACACAACACAACACAACACAACACAACACAAUACAACAACUAAAACAAUAUCUCGUCUCUAAGGUUUAAUGAAAUGGCACUCGGGAUAUACAGGCACUUCAGAUUUGCCGGCACUUUCAUCAGUCCCAGCUCCUGUGAUGAGUCUAUCCUAGCGUCAGGAGGCGGGGGAGUAGGGCCUCUAACACCUCCCUGCAGAAGGACGUCUUAGGAGCCGCCAGGAUGACUUGGCUGGGUCUUUCAUUCACACGGUUCCUUUUGCCCCCCGGUGUUGAGUCCGACUGUUUGAGGGUCAUCUUGCCUCUCUCUCUCGCUCUCUCUGUCUCUCUCUCUCUCUCUCUCUCUCUCUCUCUCUCUCUCUCUCUCUCUCUCUCUCUCUCUCUCUCUCUCUCUCUCUCUCUCUCUGUCUUUGUUACUAACCCAAACAUUUUCUUAUUUAUCAACAUCCUCUUCCUCCUCCUCCUCCUCCCUCUCCUCCUCCUCCUCCUCCUCUUAUUCCUCCUUCUAAAAAUAUCAAUAAAUAAAAAAAUCCAAAUGCAGAUUCUCGCUUAUGGUUAAAAAUAUUCAACUGAUUCCUUUAGUAUUCCUC